AUAAUGUACUGCUGCUCAAAAGUAAGCAUAGGUGAAGACGAUGGCUUACCGGCGUUCAUUUGUGCGAACUGCGAAGAGGAGCUCGGGGCGGCGUUUCGCUUCGUCGCUAAAUGCGAAGCCACCGACAAGACUUUUCGUUCUUUGAUGGCAUGGUCUCAUUAUCCAGAUACGGUUUUGCCAGUUCUCAAACACGAAACCAAAAUCGAAGUAAAAGAAGAAGAUAUCUGCAGCACCGAUCUCGACCAUAAGUACGACGAUGUACCUGAUGAUGACGCACCUCUGGAGCUUCUGCCGAUCCAUCAAUUGAAACUAGAAUCUAGAACUGUAAAACAUUCAAAAAAAUCAUAUAAGAAACAUGUCAAAUACAAGAAUACCGGACCACAUAGAUGCUUAGUUUGCGGGCGCGAGUGCGCUUCGCCGUCGGCUUUGGCUGUCCACAUGCGCUAUCACACUGGCGAGGCCCCUUACUGCUGCUCCUCCUGCGAUAAGAAGUAUAAGGACCAGGGAAGUCUGAAGAGACACGUUGAUAGAAAUCACACUCAAAGGGAAAGAAAUUUUAUUUGUGAAACCUGUGGGAAAGGAUUUUUCUCUAAAAAUGAUGUUAAAAUUCAUAUGCGAAUCCACACUGGGGAAACUCCUUACUCGUGCAAUGAGUGUCCCCGGCAGUUCACACAAGUGAGCGCCAUGCUGCGCCACAAGAGAACUCACACUGGGGAGAAGCCUCACAAAUGCUCCAAGUGUUGCAAACAGUUCUCCACCAAGGAUCAACUCAAUUAUCACCAACUUUCUCAUUCAACUGAGAAAAGCUUAUCUUGUGCUAUUUGUAAUACACCUUUUAAAUACAAAAACAAUUUAAAAAAGCAUAUGUUAAUGCACACGGCUCCUAACAACUUUGUUUGCAAUCACUGCGGACGUACUUUUAAUUACAAAGGGAAUUUAAAAAUCCACAUUGAUCGUUCACAUUCAGAAAAAUCAGGAUUCUGCAAUAUUUGCUCUAAAAAUGUCUCCAACUAUGAAGUUCACACAUGGAGGCACACUGGUCAGAGACCUCUCAAAUGUGACACAUGUUCUAGUGGUUUCUUAGAUUUGAAAUCAUUGACUAAACACAUUAACUAUAGACACAAGAACCCUGACAAGUUUGAAUGUAGCUAUGAAGGGUGCAGCAUGAAGUUCCCAUCUCGGCCAAUGCUAGAAUUUCAUAUAGCAAAGCAACAUGAGCGACGUAUUUCAUUCCCCUGUGACCGAUGUUCUAGAGGUUUUUAUAGAAAGAAUGAUCUUGCACGGCACAAAUUGGGCACACACAAGGAGCGAUUGCAUACUGCAGUGUAAAAUAGUCAUCUAUUAACAUAUCUAGUCAGCUGCCAUUCUAUUUAAAACUUGUUUGUAAGCUUAGAUUCGGCUCACAUUGGAAUCAGGGCAGUAACGCAUUGCGAUUUGAAAGACUUAAGGCACAUAUUUUGUAGUUGUCAUUUUGCCGAAAUGGCUAUCAAAAUACAUAAUCCAUUUUACGAAAACUUUAAAGCCAAUAUAUUUUAAGAAUGAUAUCAAACCUGGAAAGAUAAAAUGUCUAAUGCAGGACAGCGAUUUAAAGUAAUUUUUUUAAGAAAAAAAUAAUAUCUAUUUUUAUUUAAGGAAAUCCAUAUGGCAAAAUUGAAAUUAGAUUGAAAUUGGUCUCCUGAAGUAUUUUCCAAGUGCUUUUAGACGGUUUUACCUUUCCAGCGUCAAAUAUGCAGUGCUUUUAUGACAAUAUAUAUUUAGUCCGAGAACACAAUGUUAGUCUUUCAAUGUGAGUUGGCCAAUUAACCAUAUAAUUUUAUGUUUAAUAUAA